AUGAGUAAAGCACUAAACAAAAAUCAACAGAACUACUCAACUACUGAAAGAGAAACAUUGGCUGUAAUAACUGCGUUAGAACAUUGGCGAUGUUACCUAGACAAUGGUAAAGAAUUUAAAAUAUAUACUGACCAUGCUGCACUUAAAUGGUUUCAAAACUUAUCGAAUCCAUCAGGAAGACUUGCUCGCUGGACUUUACGCUUAUCAUGUUUUAACUUUGUCCUGAAACAUAAAAAAGGAAAGGAUAACGUUGUUCCAGAUUUAUUAUCAAGACAUAAGAAUCAAGAAUGUCCUGAUACACGAGAAAUUUCACCUCAAGGCGUACAUCCUAUUACGAUUGAAGAACCACCUGAUCGUAAACUUGAGCACUACAACAAGAUUUUUCUCGGGUGCUCCAACAACCCAGACGCAUAUCCCAACUACACUAUCAGGGAUAACAAACUUUACCGCUGCAUCCAUUCUCCCGAUCGUCUAAACGAUGACUUUAUUUGGAAAGGAGUUCCACUACCUCAAGAUAGACAUGCACUUAUUGAAGUUAACCAUGGUUCCCCUUCAGAACUCCAUUUCGGUAUCUUCAAGAUAUUCAAGAAAAUAUCUUUAAAAUACUAUUGGCCUUGUAUGUUUAAGGACAUUGCCAAUUUGAUCUCGACUUGUGAAACCUGCUUAACCUACAAACACCCUAAUCAUUCUCCCUAUGGUCUUAUGGGUAAACCUAAACUUUGCUCCAGACCUUUUCAAACUAUAUCCUUAGAUCUUAUGGGUCCAUUGCCUAUGACUCGAAGACGAAAUCAGUAUAUUCUAGUAAUUAACUGCAAUUUUACUAAAUAUACUAUGAUUUUUCCCCUUAAACGUGCUACUUCAGCUAAUAUUAUUAAUGUUUUGGAAAAUUCAGUUUUUCUUGUUCAUGGCAUUCCCCAAACUAUUAUAAAGGACAACGCUGUUCAAUUUCAGUCGCGAGAAUUCCACUCAUUCUUAAAUUCUUAUAACGUUCCUUUUAUUUUUCACACAGCUUUAUAUUUUCCUCAGGUUACUCCUACGGAAAAGUUUAAUAGUACAAUUAUUACAGCUCUAGCAUCUCUAGUAGGAGACGAUCAUAGAUCCUGGGACAACCAUCUUACUAAGAUUCAGAACGCAAUGAACAGCGCUACAAAUGUAUCUACUGGCUUUACUCCAAACUUUUUAGUCUUUGAUAGGGAAACAAUACCUUGUGGUUCCUUCUAUACUCCAACUCAGAACCUCGAGGAAUUGAUAUUUAUGCCUCGUGAUAUUUACGCGUCUAAUGCUGGUCUCCUCUCAUCUAUCUUUCACAAAGUUCAAACUAAACUUCACAUAGCUCACGCUAAAAAUAGCACUCGCUAUGAUCUUCGUCGGUCUUUUAAAGAAUUUAAUGUGGGAGAUACUGUUUGGCGUAAAAACCAUGUUUUAAGCAAUGCCGGCGCAUACUUUAAUGCUAAACUUGCCUCUAAGUUCAUCAAGUGCAAAGUGAUAGCUAAACUGUCACCACUAGUCUAUGUGCUUGAAGACCCUAAUGGAGUUAGAUGCAAGUGGCACAUCAAAGAUGUAAAAUCAUAA